GCAGGGAGAGGAGGGAAGGUGGAGGAGAAGAUUGAGAAGGACCUAGUCACAAGGAAGCAGCAGCUGCUGGAGCAAGCCGUUCAGGAGCUGCGAGCCAAGUUUGGGCGGGAGGCAGUGAUGGUUCUGGGCGGCACUGAGGCGGACUUGGCCGCCCACCGCGUCCCAGUCAUCCCCUCAGGCUCCAUCGCCCUAGAUUCCGCCCUCGGGAUUGGGGGCUUCCCACGGGGCCGAGUGGUGGAGAUCUAUGGGCCCGAGGCAACGGGCAAGACUACCCUGGCGCUACAUGUGGUGGCAGAGGCUCAGAAGAGAGGAGGUGCGGCUUACUUUGUGGAUGCGGAGCAUUCGCUCGACAUUGACCUUGCAAAGGCCCUGGGGGUGGAUAUGACUCGCAUGCACCUGUCUCAGCCUGAUAGUGGGGAGACAGGCCUGGCUCUGGUGGAUCAGAACGUCAGGAGUGGUGCCUAUGACGUCAUUGUGGUGGACAGCGUGGCAGCGCUGGUGCCCCAAGCGGAGCUGGAAGGAGAGAUGGGGGACUCCUUCAUAGCCCUGCAGGCACGCAUGAUGUCUCAGGCGCUGAGGAAGCUGUCAGGGGCGCUCAACCGCUCGCAGGCAGUGCUCAUCUUCGUCAAUCAGGUGCGGUCGAAGCUCAUGAUGGGAGGGCCAGGCAUGGGCAUGCCGGUGGAGGUGACGUCGGGGGGGAAUGCGCUCAAGUUCUAUGCGUCGCUGCGACUGCACAUUAAGAGAGUGGCGCAGCUGAAGCAGGGAGAAAAGAUUGUUGGUAACCGCGUGCGCGUAACUGUGAACAAGAACAAGCUUGCGCCGCCCUUCCGCACGGCAGAAUUCGACAUUGAGUUUGGCCACGGGAUAUCCCGGGAGGGGGAACUCCUGGAUUUGGGGGUGAAAGAAGGCUUGCUUACGCUGUCUGGUGCGUGGUACAAAAAGGAUGGUGAAGUGAUCGGGCAGGGGAAGGAAGGCGCGAGGAACUUUCUUAAGGAGAACGUGGAGGUUGCGAGGGAGAUUGAGGAGGGGAUUAGGGAGAGGCUGGGUGGACGGAGGAGAGAGGUCGAUGGGGAGGGUAAGAAGGGGGGAGUGGAGGGAGGGAAAGGUGUGGAAAGUGGAGAGGGAGGGAAAGAGGAGGGAAGUGAGGAGGAGAGUGAGGGAGAAGAGAUUAGUUUGGAAGUUGUUGACAGCAGUGUUGUCACUGGAGUGUCCGGUUAA